UGACGACACAAAUAAAUCGACGAGUAAGCUCCAUGCCGCGAAGGCGCAGUUAUUAUUUUUAUUCUCAAUGUCAUAACUUUAACUUCUCUUUUUAUUUCCUAAUUAAUUAAAUUUAUUAUUAUAUCCGUUGCAUUUGCCUCUUUUAUAACUAACACACAUUCCUUUGCUAGUGCACUCAGGUAGGCUUAUCUACGCCAAACCUCAAGACCUUCCGAGCUUUCCGUCUAUUGGCCUUUCCGAAAAAGGAUCCGCAGCAAGUGCAGCAGCAGCAUUGGGUUGGGUAUCCAAUACUGCGCCGGAGCUGUGGAGGCCAGAUAGAUCUGCUCCCGCUUCCGCUGCCGCCGUCAUGGCCAAAGACUACAAACUGGGGCCCGCCUGGGAACCCGUACCUAGUCAGAAUGGGGUCAAGGCAGCGCUUCUCGCGUCGCAAUCUGCUAUGAAUGCGACUAGGGCUGAAAAAUCGACGACGUCGGAUCCUGUGUUUUCAGCUGCCAAUAUGGCGUUUAAAUCAGACCGCAACAUACCCCGUACAGCGCAAACGGGGUCGCUGGAGCGCCAGAGAUCGUUACUUGCUGCAAGGGGCGCUAUGGCAAAUCGGCAACGAGCUAAAUCGUCCCCGGUUCCAAAGGAAUCGUAUCCGGACGAAGCAAAUGCAGCCGCCAAUGCUUUAAGCGCCGCGACUCGAGCUCACAGGCCGUCGGCUGUGAGGUCACCGACUUCCAGCGACGUGAGUGAAAAGGCGGGGUCUCUGCCGUAUACAAAUAUGAACAGGCAGAUGUAUACAUCUCGGCCACCAGUUCACCCCGAAGUCGACGAGCAGAAAAGAGCGGAUGUUCUACACGCCUCGGCUCUGGCUAUGGCUAAGAAAAUGUAUAAUCAACAGCAAAAGAUGAUCGACGCGAAAAAGGCACAUGAUAGUGCACUUGCUUCUCAAGAUAACGCAGAUGCUUUAAGUAGCGUUAGUGACGAUGCACAACCUAUACAACUUACUACUCUACAAGAUGCAGCCUACAAACAAGCACAAGCACGUUUGGCUAAGAUGCACGAAGAGCAUUUCAAGAACCGGGAAUACCAGGAAUAUUACGGAGCUAGUCCGCUGUCGCGGCGUUUUUCGAUCAGAGGCAAGCUCAGGAAGCGAGCCUCCAGCGACGGUGACGUUAUUGAAGACCGCAGACGAUCACAACAGAUUCGGCAGCAAAUGUCUCUAUUUUCUAACAAACUCUCUGAAGUUGACGAUAAAAAGCGACAAAUAGACCAGGAAGUACUAUUAGCCGCGGCGCAGAGAAAUGUGCACGAGCGUUUAAAGGGAAUUGAUGAGAAGAUAUCCGCUGAAACUGGGAUGGUUCCACCGUCUACUCUGACACAGUGGGAAUUGAAAGCACACACUAUGGCACAAUCUAGGAGUGAGCAACGCGCUGGUCAAAGACAUAGUAAAGUUGAUAUUGGCGCUGGAAAAUUCAUGGAUCAGGACGAUAUCGAUGCGAUCGCGGCGGCUAGGGUUAAACCUGUUCUGGACGAAAUCAACGAAAAGGCGGAGGAAGAAUAUGCUAGGCAGACGGAAUUACGUCUUGAGAUGGAAAAAAAGAAAGAAGAGGAGGAAGUUGAGAAAGCCCGGCAAAGGGAGAUCCAGGAGAUAAAUAGGAAGCUUAAGGAGCAAGAUAAGCAGGAGCAGAGGGAAAGGAGAGCUGAAGAGAAGCAGGAAGCCAAACUCAGAAAAGAAGAGGACAGGGCAGCCAAGGAAGAGCAAAAGAACGAAGCUAAAGCGAGAAAGGAGGAGGAUAAGUUUGCUAAAGCGGAACAAAAGCGACUUGCGAAAGCUGAGAAGAGAAGGUCUACGAAUGAACGACUCCCGGAGAAUCAAGAGGAGCUAGAAGCUACUGGUGCAACUGUCAUUCUGAAUACGGCGGGACAACCGGUAAAUGUUCCUGCACCGGAAAUUCAAAGAGUUCCUACCGAGGAUGCCGAUGAUGGAAAUGCGAAUAGGGAGCCUGGAUCAUCGGGCGAAGGAGUGUCAAAAGGUGGCGUCAAGACCUGGUUCAAGAACCGCUUCUCCCGAGGCACCAAGCCGUCCGACGAUGAGAAAUCUAAGGAUAAAUCCGUCGGGCGGAGCUUCAUCGGCGGCGCGGCUCUAACCGGGGCUGAUAGCUCGGCUAGUGUUGAUAAUCGUAGCGCGAGUGUGCGUGCCGUGGCCAUGGCGGGCAGAGAACACGAGCAAGAGCGAUCGUCUACUCAUAGGCCUACGCAUAUUCUCUCAGAAGAGUGUUCAUAUGAUGAUGGAGUGGUGCGUAGAAUGAGUAGCAGUGAUAGCGAUGAUGAGCUAUACUAUCGUGAUGACGACGACGGCGGGGAUAGGGAUCAACCGAGGACGGCGUUGACGCCGCCGAGGCCAUUUAGGGAUCGUUCGUCUAUGAUCAGUCAGAGCCCGAGUCGGGAUUCUAAGUUCGUCGAGAUGGUGUAAGAUCACAUAUGUUUUUUACGGUUAUGGUGGUUGACGGUUGGUAUUAUUUGCGUCUGGACUACCUCUCAACGUACUUUGGCGGACAAUUGGACGUGGUCCAAUUUCUUGAUACUCACUGAAGGCGUUUAGGGUUAGGGUUAUUGGUUAGGCGGAUAAGACAGAAAUAUGACCGCAAGGAAGGAUAGGGAGGGCAUUGGUUUCUUUUCAAUUGGAUCAUUGUAUUGAUCUCGGAUCUUAGCCCGGCGUUUGUGCUGGUGGAAGUUUUGAGGUUAUUGGGGUUGCGGGUUUUGAGUGAGUGAGGAUGCGAUAGUACGGUCAAUACCCUAUUCUCUUCUAGGAGGCAAAAGUGAUUCGAUUUUCAAUUUUUUUCCAUCGAUGUUUGAGUUGCGGCCCCAAAGUAGACUAUACUUUAUACUUAGCAUAUCAUGUCUCCGAAAAUAUGGUUAUCGCGACUUGCGUCGGUGCGAAAUAUCUCGAAGUGGCAUUGAAUUAGAUUUAAGCUUACUACGCCCUAACUGCGGCAUGGCGCGGCACAGCACAGCAUAUCUAAUGUUGAUCUUAGAG